AUGAGCAUCAUGGACGGCGAGAACCGGAGACCCUCGCGCUGGGACGGCCCCGCGACCAGGCGCAGGCCUGGGAAGGCGAAGCGCGACCGCGACGUCCUCAGCGACCGGGACGAGUACGACGAGCCGGAUCGCCGCAGCCGCAGCCCCAGACGUGGUCCCUCGCCUCGGAGUUGCCGUAGCCGCAGCCGAACCCGCAGCCAGGAGUGCGAGGACAGGGGUUGCUGCCGGCCGAGGCCAGCAGACGUCUACGCGCCGCCACAGGACAACGACUUCUACGUGCGCAUCGAGAGCCCGGACCGUCUGUUCAAGUGCGCCCGUUGCCGCGACCUGCUCUCCUCUACCGUCUACGAGAUAGAUUUUCUCAUCUUUCCUAACCGUCGUGUCGUCGUCGUCGAUUUGCAGUGCGCCUCGGGUCACGUCACCUGCGCCACCUGCCACGGCUCUGCCAACGGCGGCGAGGGCGGCCAUCACAAGUGCAGCCACUGCGGCUCGCCGGACUACGGCCCCAGCCGCGCCGUGGCCGACUGGCUGAGGUCCGUCCGGUUCUCGUGCCCCAACUACGAGCAAGGCUGCCCGUCCUUCCUCCGGAGGCACGAGAUGGAGGGCACCCACAAGGCCACCUGCCCCUACGCGCCGGUCUUCUGCCCCGUCCGGAACUGCUACUUCCACGGCGGCCCGGCCGACGAGCUCGAGCGCCACCUCACGUCGCACCACGCCUGGGACGUCGUCGCCUUCCGCUACGACCAGCCGUUCAGCGUGCGCGUCCAGCCGUCGUGGUCCCUGCUCCGCGCCGAGGACGGCGAGAUCUUCCACAUCCGCGCCGAGGUGGAGCGCGGCUGCACCGCGCUGUCCAUGAUCCGCAUCCGCCCCGAGAACGCGGCCGCGGCGGAGUUCACGUACGAGCUGAGGACGGCGGCGGCGGCGGGGCUGCAGCACCGGCUGCAGAUGCAGUCGACGGUGUGGGCCACGUCGCUGGGGCAGGGGACGGAGGGCACCAACCCCGUCUGCGUCACGGUGCCUGACGACAUGCUUGAAGGACCCGAGCAAAACUCCGUCGAGGUGCGCGUCCACAAAGUGGCGCCCGCCCCUGCCCCUGCCAGGGACUAG